CUGCUAUACUAAACCUAGCCUCACCCCCUCCUCUCAUCUCUCUCUCGCUUCUUCACCCCCAAAACCCUAACACACCAUGGCUGAGCGUGGAGGAGGCGGCGCCGCAGCAGGCGAGCGUGGAGGCUUCGGCCGCGGUAUGCGCGGCGGACGCGGAGGCGACCGUGGUCGCGGCGGCAGGCGUCGCGGUGCUGGCCGCCAGAACGAGGAGGAGAAAUGGGUCCCCGUCACCAAGCUCGGCCGUCUCGUCAAGGACGGCAAGAUCUCCUCCCUUGAGCAGAUCUACCUCCACUCGCUCCCAAUCAAGGAGCACCAGAUCAUCGACACUCUCUGCCCUGGCCUCAAGGACGAGGUCAUGAAGAUCAUGCCCGUCCAGAAGCAGACACGUGCCGGUCAGAGGACUCGCUUCAAGGCCUUCGUCGUCGUCGGCGACAGCAACGGCCACGUCGGACUCGGCGUCAAGUGCAGCAAGGAGGUUGCGACUGCUAUUCGUGGAGCGAUUAUUCUCGCUAAGCUUUCGGUGAUUCCUGUGAGGAGAGGCUACUGGGGUAACAAGAUCGGGAAGCCUCAUACUGUUCCUUGCAAGGUCACCGGGAAGUGUGGUUCUGUCACUGUCAGGAUGGUGCCUGCUCCCAGGGGUUCUGGAAUUGUGGCGGCUAGGGUUCCCAAGAAGGUGCUGCAGUUUGCUGGUAUUGAUGAUGUCUUCACCUCUUCCAGGGGGUCUACUAAGACUCUCGGCAACUUUGUCAAGGCUACUUUUGAUUGUCUCCUGAAAACCUAUGGUUUCUUGACACCUGAGUUCUGGAAGGAGACUCGCUUCUCAAAGUCCCCAUUCCAAGAGUAUACUGAUAUCCUUGCCAAGCCAACCGGUAAGCUUAUCCUGGACAACGUUGAGAGGGUUGAGGCUUAAGCUGCUUUGGAUUCCAGCUAGGGGGAGAUCAUUCAAACCAUGUUUUGUUAGGAGCUUUUAUUUUCUUUUCUGCUGAAGAACAUGAUAGUAUGCUAUUUCUUUUUGGUAUUUGACUGUAUUCAGUUUCUAAAUAUGCUUGGUUUCCAAUGGAUGAUGGUACAUUACUGAAUCCUUUUAAAUCUUUUUGAACUAUUAGAUUUUCCUUAUAAUUUCUUAUCUAGCAUUUGAAAGGAUAAAUGGCCUCCAUUUGCUGCCAAGCAAAGUUAUUGCAUGUCAAACAUAUAUUGCUGUCACAAUGAAAAAUAAACUUUCUUGGCACAAA